AUGACAUGUUUGAGAGACGGUGCUCUCGAUUACUUUCACUAUUCCGUUUGUCUACCGCAUGAGCUGGACGAAGAGUGGCAAAUCUGGCUAGCGGAAGAUAUCGUUCGGGUCUUGGUAGGCUCUAGCAAAAUCUCAACGCAAUUUUUUCAGCUAAUUUCUAACCGUUUCCUCACCACUUUCUUUUCACCUUCAUCGAACAACAUUGACGUUGGUGACGAGACUUUUCGACUAAACGUAUACGGUCGCACGUAUUUCGCGGAGGAUCCGCUUCGUUUGGCGCGCUUGGCCAAAGUUGCAAUGAGAGAGGAGAUUAGAGGACUUUCAAUUUGUCUUCCUCCGACGACUGCGCCCCAACUAGCAAAAUUGACGAAACUACUGUUCUGGGGAAAAAGUAAGUAGACUGUUAGCAUUUUCACAAAGUGCCUGGAAAUUUGUCGGGUUCCGCAUCGUGCACAAAAAUUGGCGAGCUCUUGCACCGUGCACUCGCCUUUAGAAAUAUAAGGCGCGUGUUUUAGUAAUUCGCGCCGAAAUUUCGAAAAAUUUUGCCGAAUCCUGACUGGGAGAGCUCUUUUUCGAGAGACAGAGCGAGAGAACGCAAAAAACGGAGAGAGAGGGCGAGAGAACGCGAACGGAGGGAGGGCGCAGAGAGGCAGAGAGAGCACGAAAUAGCGCGCGUUUCUCUCGCUCUAUUCGUUUUUUCUCCCCAUUUCUAGUCUGGAAUCCACUAGAUUAAUGUUGGAGGCUCCCAGUCAGGAUUCGGCAAAAUUUUUCGAAAGUUCGGCGCGAAUUCUAAAAUCACGCGCCUUAUAUCGCUGCGACGCACGGCAGCCCACGGAGUCUCCCUCCUCGUUUCGGCACUUCGCACACCCAGUAUCGAACAAAUUCACACGAAACGUCACAACAGAAUUUUUUGUGUGGUUUUUCGAUGGAAAAAUAUUUUUCUCGAAAUUAUUUUAUUGCUUUUGUCAGUUGUGACACUUCGUUUGGACGAAACUCAAAAGUGGGCGGCAAAAAUGUGCGAAAACGAAAAAAUGUCCAGACACUUUGUGAAAACGCUAAUACUAAUCGUGGAAAAAAGUCCUGGGGAUUUUCUGCGACUCUGCACUGUGCAUGAACCCGAAAAGUGCUUUUGCACAAUGCAAUUUUGUUGAUUUUGCCUCCGCCGUCUGCACAGUGCAGACCUGACAUUUAUUCUGCUCUCAAUCUCUUCAGAGCACAACCUUGGCUUUGCGCUCGAUCAAUAUUCCGUUCCAAGAGUCUUGAACCAAGUUUUGGUGGACCUCAAGCUGCCCGAUGUUUACCCGGAACGGUAUUUCCAAGAGUUCCGCUUCUUUCAUGGAGUUGGUCCGGAUGAAUUAAAAAGCGCAACUAUAACUUCCAGACGUCUCCAUGUACACGGUGGAAGAGAUGUUUCUCCAGAGUUGCGGCAAUUUUCCGAGAAAAAACGGUUAACAACAAAGCCUUGUAAGGAUAUUAUAGCCUAUAACUAACAGGGGAAGUACUCCAAGUGCGGCGCUCGGUUUUUGAUGAAACUUGGCACAAAUUUAGAAUAAUUUUUUGUAAGAUAUAUGCGAGAAUCCUAGCUCGCGCUUUGCAGAGACAACCGAGAUUUUUAGAUCGAAGGUCGGCAAAAAUUUACGAUUUUUUGCCGAAUUUCGGCACGAAAAGUUUCAUGCCUAUUGCUACCGUAAAGGAUAAUGUUUCGACAAAAUGUCAAAAUUUUCCGCACAACACUGCCAAGGUUAUGGUCAAAAAGCGUUUUUCUCUCUGACCGCUCUCCACGUUUAGCGUACUCUCUCGGCGGCAAAGAUCGUUCAAUAUCUCGGUGGCUCCCGGAAAGCGCGAGCUAAAACUUUCAGGAAUUGAUAUUUCGUCCAUACCCGACGUGUGUGUAAAAUGUAAAGAAAAUCUGAGCGUCGCACUUGGGGUACUUCCCCUGUAAGCUUUGUUUUUCAAUUCUUGUAACAAAUUUUUAUUUUGUUAUUUUUUCCAGACCUCACAGAUAUCCUACGAAUCCCUGCAACGCAUUUAACUUUCAUCGAUUGCGAUGGAUUUGUUAUGCACCAGUACUUGCCGUAAGAAUUUUUUGGUUCAACUGCACAGUGCAACAGAUUUUUAUUUUGCGCACAGUGCAUACACUCCGCGCAUUUAAUUUGGAUCAACCUGGAUCUCAAAAACUAAGCAAGGCCUGGACUUGAUUCUUUUCGCGUAAUAAUCUAUAGUCAUAAAGAACAUGUUUGAGCAACAAACAAUCACAUUUCAGGUAAGUGUAAAAUUUUAAAUUGCAAUUUAAGAUUUCGGGUGCGCAGAAAAUUUGGAUCAACCUUGCAAAAAAUUAUUUUGCUCGCUGAGGUGGUCGGUUUUAAUGUUGUAAAUGGUGAAUACGGACACUACGGAGAAAUAAUAUUCUGAGGGUAUCAAUUUUGUGCAAUAUUUCUUAUGACAUGGCCCAUUAGGGAGAUACCAAGGAAUACGGUAAGAAAACUCAAACAAAGCCCAAAAACUGAUAAUUGUAACUCCUCAAAUUUCUUGCAAAGUGUACAAAUAUUUACUUAUAGGCCAUGCAAAGUAUUUUAGUAAGGCAUCCAGUGGAGUUCACGGCAUCUACGACUUCUACGAGACAUAAAUCAGAAUUUUUCUGAAAAAAGUUUCUAACGGAAAGUUUACGGUACUUUUUAAAAAUUUUCUGAUGGGUUGUUCGAUGCGCCGACAAAAAGACAACAACAUUGCUGAAAUUUCUACGUAAAAAGAUUUGUCAAUUUUUACCGUUUGAAGUCGCCUGAUGGAGCGGGGAUCAAAAACUACACCGUGCAUCACACGCGUUCGGUUGGAAAUUCCCUCCCUGAACUAAAACCACCGUUGUAUUUGCUUUUAUAGCAGUCUACAAGGUGCAUAUUUAAUAAGCAAACAAAAGAUGAAAUUCUCGGAUGCACUGUAGCUUCUCAACGAGUCUUCCAUAUUCUGAAUUUUCGCGGAAGCUAAAGUUUUGUGCCCUACGGAAUUGAUACCAACGAAUCGUAUGAACUAAUUAAAUCAAAAGCUACCACAUCAUGUCCUGUAUAUGCUGAACCCUCAAAACAGGCACUAGAAAAUUUUUAAAAAGUACCGUAAACUUUCCGUUAGAAACUUUUUUCAGAAAAAUUCUGAUUUAUGUCUCGUAGAAGUCGUAGAUGCCGUGAACUCCACUGGAUGCCUUACUAAAAUACUUUGCAUGGCCUAUAAGUAAAUAUUUGUACACUUUGCAAGAAAUUUGAGGAGUUACAAUUAUCAGUUUUUGGGCUUUGUUUGAGUUUUCUUACCGUAUUCCUUGGUAUCUCCCUAAUGGGCCAUGUCAUAAGAAAUAUUGCACAAAAUUGAUACCCUCAGAAUACUAUUUCUCCGUAGUGUCCGUAUUCACCAUUUACAACAUUAAAACCGACCACCUCAGCGAGCAAAAUAAUUUUUUGCAAGGUUGAUCCAAAUUUUCUGCGCACCCGAAAUCUUAAAUUGCAAUUUAAAAUUUUACACUUACCUGAAAUGUGAUUGUUUGUUGCUCAAACAUGUUCUUUAUGACUAUAGAUUAUUACGCGAAAAGAAUCAAGUCCAGGCCUUGCUUAGUUUUUGAGAUCCAGGUUGAUCCAAAUUAAAUGCGCGGAGUAUAGCAGAAAAAAUUUUGCACAGUGCAAUUUUUUAAGUUUUUUCGUUUUUUCCAGUGAAAAUCAAUAUUUUUUUAAAAAUUAUUUCAGGCUUCCCCCCAUGCGCGAACUACAGUAUUUGAGGUGCAACAUCCCCUUUAACACCAUCUGUUUCGGCAAUUCUUAUGGUUUGUACCGCGAACUUGUCCGUGGUAUUUUACAAGCUGCUCCCAUUUGCAACAUCGUCUUUGAAUUGAACGCGACCAUUCUCGUUGCAGUUUACAAAUCCCUUUUCGACGUAUUACAUCAAAUUUUUGUGGUGGCGGGCAAUAUGAAAAGACUGCAUGUGGAGUUCCCGAGGCUUCUAAUCGACGCCAGAAUUCAAAUUGUUUUGCCUGAAGAGGUGAGUAAAAAUUUUAGCCAAACCUCGGUAAAAUAUAAAGCAACUGAAAUUCUUGUUUCUUAUACAAAAGUUCCAUUGAACGGAUGUUUAUUUUACAGGGGAGUACUCCAAGUGCGACGUCCAGAUUUUGAUGAAACUUGGCACAAAUUUAGAAUAAUUUUUUCUAAGAUAUAUGUGAGAAUCCUAGCUCGCGCUUUGCAGAAACAACCGAGAUUUUUAGAUCGAAAGUCGGCGAAAAUUUAGGACUUUUUUGCCGAAUUUCGGCACGAAAAUUUUCAUGCCUAUUUCUACCGUAGAGGAUAAUGUUUCUACAAAAAAUCAAAAUUUUCCGCACGAAACUGCCAAAGUUAUGGCCAAAAAUCGUUUUUCUCUCUGACCGCUCUCCACGUUUAGCGUGCUCUCUCGGCGGCAAAAAUCGUUCGAUAUCUCGGCGGCGCCCGAGCUAAAACUUUCAGGAAUUGAUAUUUAGUCCAUACCCGACGUGUGUGCAAAAUUUUAUCAGUCUGUCGGAAAAAUAACGGCGGAUCGUCGCAGCAAAAUUUCUCGCCUCGCCGCUGUCGCGCACCAAAUCCCCAGCAAAGCGAUGAUGAACGAUUCCGAGGCGCGACGAUCCGCCGUUAUUUUUCCGACAGACUGAUAAAAAAAUCUGAGCGUCGCACUUGGAGUACUUCCCCUGUUAGCCGAAAAAUGACUUGGGGCCCUUGAAGAUUGUUAAUUACAUAUAAUUCAAUUCGUUGUACAGAGCUUUGACUCUAAUCUUCUCGAUUACUCUUAUGUCGAUGGCAACAAAUUUCUGGCAAUAAGACACUUAAUUUUAGGCACGAAAAUAUUCCGAAGCCAUUAAUUACUUUUUGUCAACAUACGUGCCAGACAGUGAGCUACGCGAGUGCAGACGUGGAUGGGAGUCGUUUGACAAUGGACCAAAGGUAAGAAAAAUUUACUUCCGACUGAUUUUGAUUUAAAAAUUGGGUUUGAUUUCAGCAAAUGGAAUGGCCAGAGACUAUGUCAGUACAAUUUGUUUUUGAUGGCUCUGUGACUGAAGCGUUGAAUGGAGAAAAAAUUGUUGUAUUGGAUUAA